AUGGAGGCCCUUCUCCAGCAAUCCCGGGCUAUGUGCCCAUUCCUCAAGCGCAGCUCACCGACCACGCUUCGCUCGCUGGCCACCGCUACUCGGCCCAACACGAGCCCCGGCGGAGGUACCAUGUCCAACUUGCAGAGACUGGCUCGCCGUUGCCCUGUCAUGAGCAAGGCCCUCGCCGUCCAGACUGCCCGAAUGAACGGUACCAAGCGGUUUACUUCGUCCGCGGCCGGCGUAGCCACCACCACCAAGUCUACUCGAGCCACACCGGGUAAGAGGGCGCUGCACUCUACCACAGGAAAUGGUGCCAACAUGAGCACUGAGUUCCACAAGGAGUCUCAGCGAAUCCAUCCCGGUUUCUCCAAGACUGCCGCCAGUCCCCACGUCCAGUCGACCGCAACUAUGACCGGUCCUUCCCCCGGUGCUCCUGCAGCUAAACCAUUCGACUACAAUGGCUUUUACAAUACCGAGCUGCAGAAGAAACACCAGGACAAGUCGUACCGCUAUUUCAACAACAUCAAUCGGCUUGCCCAGGAGUUCCCCCGCGCUCAUACGACCUCUAGGGAGGAGAAGGUGACCGUUUGGUGCUCGAACGACUACCUCGGAAUGGGACGCAAUCCUGAGGUGCUUUCAACUAUGCAUAAGACGCUCGAUACCUACGGAGCUGGAGCUGGAGGAACCCGUAACAUCUCCGGACACAACCAGCAUGCGGUCGGGCUGGAGAAUACACUUGCAAAACUCCACGGCAAAGAGGGAGCUUUGGUUUUCAGUUCGUGCUUCGUUGCCAACGAUGCUACCCUCGCCACUCUGGGUAGCAAGAUGCCCGACUGUGUCAUUCUAUCCGACUCGCUUAACCAUGCGUCGAUGAUUCAGGGUAUCCGCCACUCCGGCGCCAAAAAAAUGGUUUUCAAGCACAACGAUCUGAUUGACCUCGAGACGAAGCUAGCGUCUCUCCCUCUCAAUGUUCCGAAGAUUAUUGCUUUUGAAUCGGUUUAUAGUAUGUGCGGUUCUAUUGCUCCAAUUGAGCAGAUUUGUGAUUUGGCGGAUAAGUAUGGCGCCAUCACUUUCCUAGAUGAAGUCCACGCCGUUGGCAUGUAUGGGCCCCACGGUGCCGGAGUUGCCGAGCACCUUGAUUACGAUGCCUAUGCAUCUCAGGACACUGCAAACCCUCUCAGCACCAAGGGAACUGUAAUGGAUCGAAUCGAUAUCAUUACUGGUACACUCGGGAAAGCAUACGGAUGUGUUGGUGGCUAUAUCGCUGGUUCUGCCGCGCUGGUUGACACGAUCCGUUCGCUUGCUCCCGGAUUCAUUUUCACAACCUCUCUUCCACCGGCAACCAUGGCCGGUGCCGAUGCUGCAAUCCAGUAUCAAUCCCGCCACCAGCAGGACCGUGUCCUUCAGCAGCUGCACACUCGCGCUGUUAAGCAAUCAUUCAAGAACUUGGACAUCCCUGUGAUUCCGAACCCGUCUCACAUUGUGCCUUUGCUUGUUGGUGACGCGGAACUCGCCAAGCAGGCCUCUGAUAAGCUUCUCGAAGAGCACGGUAUAUAUGUCCAAGCAAUCAACUACCCCACUGUGCCGCGCGGCGAAGAACGGCUCAGAAUCACACCCACCCCUGGGCAUACCCAGGAACUCCGCAACCACCUCGUUCAAGCGGUCAAUACUGUCUGGAAUGACCUCGGAAUCAAGCGUGCAAGCGACUGGCAAGCCAUGGGCGGCUUCGUCGGCGUUGGCGUGGAAGCUGCCGAGCUCGAGAACCAGCCCAUCUGGUCCGAUACACAGCUGGAGCUUCAGCCGAAUGAAACCCUGGAAGCUGCUGUGGAACGUGAGUUCCACGCCGCGCCAGUUCCGCGCAUGGCACCCGCCACUGCUUCGAUUCCCAUCGCAGCUGCCGCUUAG